AUGUCAAUGUUCAAAUGCUUGUACUGUAUGGAAGACGUACGGCGCAGCAACCGCGCAAGGCAUUUCAAAAACGCAUCCUGCAAAGGCGAUAAUGACAAAGAACGCUUAGUCGUGGAUUUUCUUGAUAAUUCAAGCGGUCUACAGAAAAAUCAGGCCGAAGCUUUUAAUAGAGUAAUCAAACAGGCAGGAGGUCUCUCAGCCUUACUAGAUGGUGGUGACAACAAAAGCCCCUUCCUAUUCCCAAAGGCACAGUGCGUAAGAAGCGGCUAUACGGAUGACAAGAUUUUCAACAAUGCUCUCUGUGAUUAUGGCAAGAGCAAAGAGGUGAUAUAUUUAGCUGAGAAUCCAUUUAAGCCUGACACAAACGAUCUACUGUCCCAAGUUAUCCAACAACUUUAUAAACCCGACCUGUCUUGUGUCAAAUAUGCAGUUAACCUGGGCUGUGGAAAAAUCGUCUAUAGGCCGGCAUGA